CCCACCAUCAUUCGCCCUGUCCCAGUGCAUUCCCGCACCCCGAUCCCCCUCUGCUCCCGAUCUGAACUCGCCGCCGGCCGCCUCCCGCCUGCCUCCGUGCUCCGUGCCUCGCCGGUUAAUCGCCGUCGAAGCCUCCCGCCUGGAUCCGUGCCUUGCCCUGCCCUUCCCCGCACGCUGGACGCGCGCCGCCCCCCCCCCCCGCCGCGGCCGCCCGCCGGUGUGCAGGCGUGCACCUUGCCCUGCGCUACAGAAGCUACCAAACACCCCAGUUUCUGAUUCAACCCUUAUAUUGAUCGAUUCAUUUUCUGUUGUUCAAUGAUGAUUGACUCGAUAGAAUACCGUGACUGCUAGAGUGUAAUUUUUUUCUAGUAGACUUGUUGAAGAAUUGGUAUGUAUGUACUACUAUGUAGGCUUCUUUUAUGCAAAACUGAGGCUUAAUUGAGAACUUUAAUGUGCCUGUAAGAACAUAUUGAUUUAUUUAUCUGUUUGGUUAAAUAAUGAGCAUGUUCACAUGUCAUAUUUGUUGUCAAUUUUUUCAGGUGGACCACCACGUUUUAAAUUCUUAGAUCCACCAUUGUCUCAAGCAGCAGGCUAGUCAGCAGCCAUCAAGUGAGGCACAGAGACAGGCAGGCUAGUCAGGAGCCAGCAAGCGAGGCACGGAGGCAGGCAGGCAGGCCGGCAUAUUAAGUUUCUACUUUGCUGUGCCGUCCAUCCGACCGCUCCAUAAGCCGCACUUCAGCGGAGAUGCAGAGGCCGGUGGAUUUCAAGCUCCCCCACUUUUUCACCUACCCGCCAUACUUUACUUUGCAGCCUGUGAGAGAAACAUGUGAAAAGCAAGUGCAGCUAUGGAAAGAGCUGAUACUUGAUUACUGUAGAAGUCAAAAGAUGUAUAUAAUCUCCCUGGAAGAAGAUUUUCCGUUGUUCUCCAAUACAAAGAUUGAGAGAUCUCUAAGCUAUGAAGCAAAGGAAGCUUUCCUUGCAGCUCUUGUUAGUGGAGGUCGCGCAGAGUGGAUGGACAAAGGUCACAAGAAGUGUCUCAUCCUUUGGCUGCGGAUUCAAGAUUGGGCUAACUACAUAUUAGACUUUGUCAAGGAAAAUGGGUUGGAAGUAACAACAAUUGAAGAUAUACGUUCUGGAAUUGAAACACAUGGGACCGAACUUGCGGGGAUUGAUCGCGGUGUCCUGAUGCGAGCUUUGAGGCUGUUGGAACAAAAGGGAAAGGCGGUUAUCUUUAAGGGCACUUCAGCGGACGAUGAAGGCGUCAAAUUUUCUGUUUAAACUUUGUGCCAACUAACAGAUGGAUAAUAAUCUUGCUGGGUGUCCUUGAAUGAUACAUCCCCUCUUACCCGUAUGUACGUACACUGAUGACAUCUGGCCGGCAUCGUUCAAAUGUCAGUCAAUAUUUUAUUUAUCUUCCCGGGCUGUUGUAAUUAGCCAGCCUUUGAUUCA